AUGCACCCAGGAUAUGGAGAGAGCAUUAGGUGCUACUGCCGCCUGGGCUCGGAGGACCCCGACAUGCUGCACUGCGACACAUGCGGGAAUUGGCUCCACACCGUCUGCUGCGGCUUUUUCAGCAACAAGGACAGAAGAAUACCCAGGAGAGAGUUUUCCUGCUUCUAUUGCACAAGGCACAUUACAAAGGCCGACAGUGCAGACGCCCUCUUCAGAAGGAUUCUCAGCAUAGUCUACACCGAAGGACUCAAGAACAAGGUAUGGCUCUGCCACAGGCUGGGGAUCACAGAGUGGCAGUCUUCAAAGCAGACAAGGAAGAUGGCUGAUGAGGGCUUCAUCAGGGUGGUGGGAAAGCACAGAGCCAUAUCAUAUGAGGUCGUGAAAACCCAGGAGACAAAAGACAAGAUUAGGAGCUACUUCGGCGCCUAA